AUGGCCCACCCAGGAGGCGCGCUGGCUGAGAUGCAGGUCGCAGCGGAGCCUGGCGAGAAGACCUCCUCCAGGGGCCAGCCUGUCGGGAUCCCCUUGCUGGAGCAGGAACCCGAGGAGGCGCGGGGCCUGAACCAGCUGCCCACGGAGCUGCUCGAGAUGGUGCUGAGCCACGUGCCCCCUCACGUGCUGCUCGGACGCUGCCGCCGGGUGUGCCGGCGCUGGCGCGACCUGGUGGACUGCCGGGCCCUGUGGCUGAGCAUCCUGGACCGAGACCACGCCGCCCUGUCGCCCGUCCUCCGCACCUGCCUGCCCGCCGCCGACGACCCCAGGCCCUGCGUCCUGGGCCGCUUCUGCGAGCUCCGACCCAUAGGACGCAACCUCCUCCGGAACCCCAGGCGCGAAGAUGGCUUCCAGAAACAGCCUAUGCUGAGCGGUGGGGAUGGCUGGACAAAGGAGGGAAAAUGUAAGGGCAUGCCUGCAGCACCUUGUGAUGUCCACUUCCUACCUGCCUACUACCUACCUGGUUACAGGUGGUUCCAAAAGAAGGAUGUGUUGGACCUGGAGGAGGAGGGUUUCUGGCCAGAACUCCUGGAUAGUGGAAAGAUUGAGAUUUGUGUCUCUGCCUGGUGA